UCUUCCCUUUGCAAAAUCCAUCCAUCCCUCUCUUUUUCCGAAAAUGCUUCUGUACCGUGAUAUCCUUGCUGGUGACGAAUUGUUCUCUGAUGCUUACCCCAUCAAGCUCGUUGACGACGUCGCUUAUGAAGUUGACUGCCAAAUGAUCACCGUCAAGGAAGGUGAGGUUGACAUUGGUGCUAACCCCUCUGCUGAGGGUGGUGAUGAGGGUGUCGAAGAGACUGCCCAGACCGUCAACAACGUCGUCCACUCGUUCCGCUUGACCGAGACCUCGUUCGACAAGAAGUCGUACAUGGCUUACAUCAAGGGCUACAUGAAGGCUGUGAAGGCCAAGCUCCAGGAACAAAACCCCUCCCGUGUCGCUGAAUUCGAGGCCAAGGCUCCUGCCUUUGUCAAGAAGAUCCUUGGUAACUUCAAGGACUACGAAUUCUACGUCGGUGAGUCCAUGGACCCCGAAGGCAUGGUUGCCUUGUUGAACUACCGUGAGGAUGGUGUCACCCCUUACUUCACCUUCUUGAGAGAUGGUCUUAAGGAAGAGAAGCUGUAAAUCAACCACUUGAUACUUUCUCUCUCUCCCAACUUAUUUUCUCUUGUACAUGGAUACGCAUCGAAAAGCAUUCACUUGUCCUUUGUCCGCGGUUGCUCCCACACACCGUAACAACAAUAAAUAAUGUGUCUAAAAUAUCUCACUACUUUUUUUUCUAAAUUAUGCUAACUGUAAACACAGUGGGAAAUUAAGGGGUGAGGAUGAGUGUAAAGCUAGCGGAAUGAUGG